CUGUCUCAACAUCAUCAGAAAAGUUCAUAAGAAGAGCAAAGUUUUAGGAAAAAACAUCAACAGCUGCAAAUCCAACAUUUCUUGAUCCUGACUUUGUUUUGGGAGAAAGAUGGAUUUCACGGUGCCAUAUCCAACUGCUGAUGUCACUCAAGGAGAGAUUGUGACCAGCUCUGUCACCAACAAUAUACCCAUUAUGCCAACCUAUAAUGACUAUGAUGAAAGACUGAGAUAUGCUCUCCGUAUCAUCUACAUGAUUGGACACAUUUUGGCUUUUGUGCUCGGGACAAUAGGGAACGGGCUGGUUAUCUAUUUCACCGUCUUCAAGAUGAGAAGGACUGUUAACAUUGUGUGGUAUCUCAAUUUAGCCAUAGCUGACUUCACCUUUAUGUUUGUCCUCAUAUUCAGAAUUAUCACCGUAGCCAUAAAUUUUAAUUGGAUUUUUGGUGGAUUCAUGUGUAGGAUGAACAAUGCUAUUUUCUUCAUCAAUCUUUAUGCCAGUAUCCUCCUGAUCACCGCUAUUAGCAUUGACCGUUGCAUCUCCGUCAUAUACCCUGUCUGGUGCCAAAAUCACCGAACUCCGAGGCUGGCAUCCUAUGUGGCCCUGGCAAUUUGGAUUCUAGCAAUCAUUUUCAGUGUGCCGUAUGUCAUAUACUUAGACACAAAGGUCAUAGGUAAGAGAACUGUCUGCACUUAUAACAUUGAAGACAAAGAUGUUGCAAAGGCAAUAGAUAUUGGUCUGGCCAUUUCAAGAUUUAUCUUCAGUUUUGUCAUACCUUUAGUUGUUAUCAUCUCAUGUUAUGCAAUCAUUCUGUUGCGUAUUCGAAGAAAGCGCAUGACCACAUCUAGCAAGCCGUUCAAAAUUGCUGUAGCUGUGAUUAUUGCUUUCUUUGUCUGCUGGUUUCCCCUCCAUUUAUUCUUCUUCCUGGAACUAUCUUUGGAUUACUGUGGCAACCAUCAUCUCAAGUAUGUUGUACUGAUCGCAAUACCACUCUGUAAAAAUCUGGCCGUUAUAAAUAGCUGUAUCAACCCUAUUAUCUAUGUAUUCGUUGGUCGGGAUUUCAAAGAAAAGUUCUGGAGAUCCUUCCAGUCGAUAUUUGAGAGCGCUUUCAUGGAAGAACCUAUCCAAGCAAGCUCCAGAAGUAAGUCAAGGUCAACUGCAGAUUCUCAGCUGUUGUAAAAUAAAGGACACUUGCAAGGAAAGAUAUAUUACUACAAGCUUUAAAAGAAGAUAUAUUAUCAUGCAACUUAACCUAUCUAAGCAUUUUUGCAGAAUGGGCUGAAACAAUGGGCUACAGUCUACAAACAGUAAGCCCCGCCAUGCAUUCUGGCAUUGAUUUGACUGGAGGCAAGUGUCUAACAGCUGUAAGAAGAGUUUAAUUUGUAUAUUACUUCAUGGCCUAUAUAAUGGCCUAUAUAACUGAAUUAAAUUGUAUAUUGCAUUUCAUGAUUUGUAACUGAGAUCUGAUGGGUACUACUUUGUAUGCCAUCAUGCAUGCUAUAUAAAGUUUUAAUAAUUUAAUAAAUUUGCGAAUUAACGUGAAUAAAAACCGUGUGUUUUAAUAUACACACUAUAAAAUAUAAUAAUAAGUACAGUUACAGUACAUUCAUAGCUUCAAAUAAAAGUUCAAAAUAAAAGAAAGUUCUUGAAGAUGGAUGAAGUGAAGAAGAGACCUCCCUCCUAGCAACCCAAACUUUUUAUAAACUUCAAGGUCCUUUCUUUGACUUUCACACCGAAAAGUAAACCCUCCCAAAGGGUGGAGCAAAAGAGUGAAGUAUAAAGUUUAACAUCUGGUUUCAUUUAUCCCAAGUUACAUAGGAAGUGGGUGAUGGGCUACAGCCAACCCAAAGACAAUGUCUAUAGGAAAUUUCUCAACAGGAUAUGGGGGGGAAAGGGAUCAGUCUGCCUUCAAAUGCAAUCUUUCAAACAAAACAUCACUUGUAAGAAAUACCUUUUAAAAAACAUAAGAUAUUUAGAAUAUUAAUAAUAUGUCUGGACAGCUUCUGGAAAUUGAUAACUGGGUUCAAAUGUCACAUCAGGAGAUUAUUAACUCAAAGCCCAACAUCCAUAUCACUUAAUAGAAUUUUAUACUCUCAAUAAUAUUAUAACCAGAUUAAAUUUUAGAUAUUAAGAAUAUAACAUUCCCCUCGGAAAUAUGA